UCGUCGAUGCAUGGAGAGGACCAAAUGAAUGGAGCUAAAUUUGAAAAAUCUUCAAAUGCAAAAUGUCUGGAAGUCAGAUUGAUGGAUUAUUUUGAUGAAGGAUCUAUUGCAUCAAGUCCUCUUUACUCGUAUGAAGAGCGUGCAUUAAACCAGGAGAUUACAGAACGGUUGUCACUGCAGUGAGAGAAGUCCCGCCGUCAAAGAAGCUUCGGAAAAAGUUGGCCAACGAUGGCUCACCAGAGGCUCAAUUCAGACCCUCGAUGCAGCGAGAAUGGACUCCCGUUGGGCAAGAAGCACCAUGCGUCGGGCGGAGGCAACAUAAAAGACAAGAUCUCUCUUUGGGAGGGAAAAGAAGCCUUCAAGUCCUCAUUUGUGGGUUUGAGGAGCACAGGUGAGCAGAGUGAGAUGGGAAAUGUCAGGGGAGUACAAGUUAUGAAAUGUCAUUAUGACAAAGACAACAUGGGGAAACAUGCAGAAUGGAGGCCACCAGUUGAGAAACAGCAAACAGGGAACGAGGAUAAUACAGCCUAUGAGGAACACGAGGAGAAUGUGGAAACUUUGGAUUCAAGGCCUUGUUUAUCCCCGCCGAAGGACCAGCUAAGGACAUUAACACCAACAAAAACAUCAGAACAAAGCAAUCAAGAGAAAAGAGCAGUAUUUACUCUUUUCCAAAAGCUGGACGCCAUGGGUCAGAAUGACGGGAAGACGGCCCCGGAGGUCGGAAACUACUUUAGCCCACCGAGCAAGGACAAACAGGCGGAGGGUGAAAGGAAAGACAACGUGUCCACGGAUUCGGGGUCUUCGUCUGUGAACCCGCUCCCCAAACCCAAACGCACUUUCCAGCAUCCUGCUACUAAAGGGCAGCGGAACCUCCCCCCGCUGCCCAAAACGGCCUCAAGACCCUCACCUGGUGCCAACAGGGGACGACAGAACCACCACAACAGAAAAACACUUCAGGGUCAAGACAUCCCAGUUUCAAAGUGCUCACCGACUCUGGAGCAUCACUAUGAAGACAUCCUGGACAAAGAGAACCCGUAUGAGGACAUAGAGAUGGAGAGUCAAUGCUCCCAGCAGUCUUCUUUACCCUCGUCUCCUGGUGCUGACACAAGCAAGGCUUCAAGGCCAGGCUUCUUUAGGCAGAAUUCCGGCAGGACCUUUAAGCUGCUGGACCUGCGUCGGGGUAACCAGCAGAACCACAGCGGCAGUAGCGGUGUUGCAUCCCCAUCCCAGCUCAGCCCCCCGUCCACACCGACCGAUACCCCGUGGUCGUCCUCGGACCUCUACAGCUGCACAUACCGUAGGAUACCAACGUUGGUCCAGAGGAUCAACAGCAUCUUUGAGGCUCGGAUCGGAAAGAAACACCUGAGGAGGAUUUAUCAUUAUGCUGAGACCAGCUCAGGGAGAGUAACCGACGAAAACAGCGACUCUGAACGUGAAUUUGAAGAGAGAGCCAAAGGUAGGCAACAUCUCUUAAACGGCUUUGCAAGUUUUCUUUCAUGGACUCUUCAUUCUGACGCAGCCCACCGGCAGAGGUUGGUCUCAGUGCAGUCCAUACUGGGUCAGCCUAGCCACAUGGGGGUGCAGUGCAACAGUACCAAAGCCAGAAACAUGGAUAAUAAUCACCAUCAGCAGCUCUUUGAAUACUUCCUAGUUGUGUCACUGCAGAAGGCCAAAACGGGUGGCCAUUAUAUACCUGAAGUCACACAGCAAUUCCCCCCAAAGAUGGAAAGAAACUUCAAAUUCUUACGGGAGACCGAGGAUCAGCUUAAGAUUAUUCCCAAAUUUUGUUUCCCAGAUGCUAAAGACUGGGAGCCGGCAGACAGCGAUCCGAGUGAGAUGUUCUCGUUUGUAUUGACUGGAGAGGAUGGGAGCAGGAGGUUUGGAUACUGCCGCCGCUUACUGCCUAACGGAAGAGGAAAACGUCUGCCAGAAGUCUACUGCAUUGUCAGUCGCCUUGGCUGUUUUAAACUGUUCUCCAAGGUGUUGGAUGAGGUGGAGAGGCGGAGGGCUCUGUCUCCCGCUCUGGUGCAGCCGUUCAUGAGAGCGAUCAUGGAGGCCCAGUUUCCAGCUCCGGGCAGGACCAUCACCGUCAAGACUUUCCUCCCAGGCUCGGGCACGGAGGUGAUGGAGCUAUGUCGACCGUCCGACUCGCACUUGGAACAUGUGGACUUCGAGUGUCUUUUUUCCUGCCUGAGUCUGAGGCUGCUUCUGCGGGUGUUUGGUUCUCUGCUUUUUGAGCGCAGGGUAAUCUUCACUGCGGAUAAACUCAGCACAUUGUCCCAGUGCUGCCACGCGGUGGUUGCGCUCCUCUACCCGUUCGUGUGGCAGCACACCUACAUCCCUGUGCUCCCCUCUGCCAUGCUGGACAUCGUGUGCACCCCGACCCCUUUCAUCGUGGGCCUGUUAUGCGGCUCCUUGCCUCAGCUCAAUGAGCUGCCCCUGGAGGAGGUUCUGGUUGUUGAUCUGGGGAAAAGUCGAUUCCUAAAACAGAUGGAUGACGAAGACUCCAUCCUGCCUUCGAAGCUUUAUUCCGCCCUCGAGAAUGUUUUGGAGAGGAGAAGAGAGCUUGCCGGAGGAGGUGACGCUAUCAAUGACCACCUCAGCACUGUCGUGUCCGAGGCCUUUGUUCGCUUCUUCGUGGAGCUGGUAGGCCACUAUCCUCUCUUCUUCUUCAGCGAAAGGGAGGACGAUGUCUCUUCCAUGUCGUCCGCCCCUUGCUCCUUUCAGCGGGAGGCCUUUCGGAAGGCAGUCCCCUCCAAGACAACGAGGCGCUUCCUGGAGGUCUUCAUGGAGACGCAGAUGUUCGGCUGGUUCAUCCAGGAGAGGGAGCUCAACGGGCCUAGUCUCAGAGGGCUUUUUGAAAUGAGGGUGCACGAGUAUCUCGACACCAUCCAUGAGAGUGAACAUCGGAGGGUGAACAGGUUUCUCAAAGGUUUAGGGAACAGAAUGAAAUUUCUGUCCAAGAAAUAAUGACACAGGAAGGAUUCUGCCUUAUUCUGUUGAUUUUUAUACUUUCUUUUGAAAAC